UUCGUUGUGUUUUGUUUCUCUCAGCUUUGAAUUCUAGUUAGUCCAAGGGUAGAGCCAUGUCUGUUCAAGAGGCCCGUCCAAACCACACUAUCUACAUCAACAAUCUGAAUGAGAAGAUCAAGAAAGAUGAGUUGAAGAAAUCGCUAUAUGCCAUAUUUUCACAGUUUGGUCAGAUUCUGGACAUCCUUGUCUCCAGGAAUUUGAAAAUGCGAGGCCAGGCCUUUGUGAUCUUCAAAGAAGUCAGCAGUGCUACAAAUGCGCUGAGAUCAAUGCAGGGUUUUCCCUUCUAUGAUAAACCAAUGCGGAUUCAAUACGCAAAGACUGAUUCCGAUAUUAUUGCCAAGAUGAAGGGCACCUAUGUGGAACGUGACCGGAAGAAGGAGAAGAGGAAAGUAAAGGCACCCGAGCCUUCUGGUAACAAGAAGGCUUCAGCACCCCCGACAGCUAACGCAGUUCCCCCUCCUGUCUCAGGCAUGCCCAUGAUGAGCCAAGCCCCACGGAUGAUGCCAAUGCCAGGACAGCCUCACUACAUGCCCCCACCAGGGAUGAUGCCACCACCUGGUAUGGCCCCUGGACAGAUGCCACCAGGUUCCAUCCCUCCUGGCCAGAUGAUGGCUGGACAAAUGCCACCACCAGCUCAGACAGUGCCUGAGAAUCCACCCAAUCACAUCCUUUUCUUAACCAACCUGCCUGAGGAGACCAAUGAGCUAAUGCUAUCCAUGCUUUUCAACCAAUUCCCUGGAUUUAAGGAAGUCCGUCUGGUACCUGGUCGUCAUGACAUUGCCUUUGUGGAAUUUGAUAAUGAGGUCCAGGCUGGGGCAGCACGUGAUGCGCUUCAGGGAUUCAAGAUCACACAGUCGAAUGCAAUGAAAAUCUCCUUUGCAAAGAAAUGAGGGGUCAGGAUGAUUGAACUGGUUAUUUCUGGCUUUAUUUUCAAAAGCUGUUUUGUUUUUUUUAAAAUUGUGGGUAAUUGGCCUGUAUUAGAUUUUUAAAGUUCUGAUGCUUCAGGUAAGUGUUAAGUGAGCAGACUCGUUGGCUUUGCCCUGCCCAUUGGAUCACUGUUCAUGCCCAGGUGAUGGAUUCUCCCCCUUGUCCUAUUCCUGGGUCCAUCAAAUUAAAAUUAAUUCAUUUGCCCUUUUUUAAUAAUGUCAGAAAGCAAAUUAUGGCCUCCUCCUAAUGAGAGAAGAAUGAAUUCUAAAUCUCCAUUUAUGUUAUUACUUGGCAUUUGGCUGGCCCUGUUUGGCUACAUUUUUGCGUGAAUGUGUCUGACAGGCUGAGGCAAGCAACAGUUUGGUUUAAUCACACGGUGUAAGAAAGCUCUUCACCCAGAGUCUCCGUGACAUUGCACCUGGAGCUUUCAAACUUUACUGAAACAACACAAAUAAAUUUUUUUUAUAUAA